AUGAGGAACAAGACUGUUGUGAGGGAAUUCAUACUCCUGGGCUUCAGUGACAAAUGCUGGCUUGAAAUCUUGAUCUUUCUCCUGCUCUCCACCACAUAUUUUCUGACCAUAUUGGGAAACACAGUGAUUAUUCUGAUCACGCUGGUGAAUAACCAGCUCUACACCCCAAUGUAUUUCUUCCUUCGACAUCUUGCAAUUGUGGACAUUGGUUUCACCAGCACCGUCCUUCCAAAAGCUUUGACCAACAUGGCCAAUGGCCAACGGACUAUCUCCCUACCUGGUUGUUUCACGCAGGUGUAUCUAUACCUGGUUGUGGGAACCACAGAGUUUGCUCUGCUGGCGGUCAUGUCCAUUGACAGAUAUGUGGCUAUCCGCAACCCUCUUCACUACUCAACCAUAAUGAAUGGCCGAACCUGCUCAUUGAUGGUGCUCUGCUCUUGGGCUGGGGGAUUUUUGCUUAUCAUGGCUCCAGCAAUUACAUUAUUUCAAAUGCCCUUUUGUGGUCCAAAUGCCAUGGACCAUUUUUUCUGUGACAUUGGGCCUCUGAUUAAACUGGCAUGCACAGAUACAAGUCUUCUGGAACUUAUGGUUCUCCUCAUUGCUGUUUUUUCUCUCCUCGGGACCUUGGCUAUAAACAUUGUAUCCUACAUCAAUAUUAUUUCCACCAUCAUGCGCAUCCCAUCAACAGCAGGGAGGCAAAAGGCUUUCUCCACUUGCGCUUCUCACAGCAUCGUGGUUUCUCUCGGCUACGGCAGUUGCAUUUUCAUGUACAUAAAACCAAAAGGCGCCAAUGAAUUAAUUUUCAACAAAGGGGUGGCUCUUCUGAACACUGUGGUGGCCCCUCUUCUCGUCCCUUUCAUAUAUUGCCUUAGGAACAGACAGGUCCAGGAUGCCUUGAGAGGAACAACUAGGCAUGUCCUCCUGUUCUCGGGAAGGUUCAGGAGAAAAGGGGAUUGGCCUCCACCAUUCCUCCUCAGUCCAGCCCCUGACAUGGGGUCACGCCUGUUUCCCAACGUUGCAAGAAAAGGUGUGGAGGUGCACCCUGAGGGAAGAGUUGAGGCAGGCCUUCAACACUUCUGUUGGGAUUCUGUCUUAUCCUGGGAGUUGAUGGUGUUCUUCAGCUCAUCAGGGGGAGGAAGGACAUCUAACUCUUCCAAGAUAGGCAGAGUCUGGAUGCAGUCAAUGGCUGUGUCAGCAACCAUGCUUUCCUGCGAGUACAGUUCUUGA